AUGCUGGGAAGACGAUGCGGACGUUCUUUCCACCACAACACUAACCCCAAAACCCUCAAUCCUACUUCCUUCCUCGACAAUCGCCAUGUCCAAUCCAAGAGACAGUUUUUGCUCACAACUUCACUCGGUCUCAUAGCCCUAACUUCCCAAACCCCACUUCCCAAUUCCUUCGUUGAACCUUCUCCCACCCCAAAGCCUGCAUCUUUCCCAGGAAUCGUCAACACAAAAGCUUGGUUUCGGCACUAUGGAGAUGGGUUCUCAAUCCGGGUCCCUCCACAGUUCGAGGACAUCGUGGAGCAAGAUGCUAAAGAUGUUAGCGAUUUGGCUUCCUUGAAAGAGGCAACAAAAAAUCUUCGUUCAAGGCAUGUUUAA